UAACGUGGUAAGUUACCUACAUUCUUUGCUUCAAAGGGCCAUUUCAGUGCUCUACUAGAAUGCGAUGUUAAGAAUGUUUUCUGUUAUAGUUUAGUUGUGGAUGAUAGCUGGCCAAGGUCUUGGAAUGGAAUUAAGAGGUUGGGUAACAAGGGGUAUGCGGAAGAGGCCUACACUGGACAGAAUGUUCGCUUCGACGUCACCAAGAAAUGAUGAUGGUUUGCGGGCGUCUUACAAUAUCUCGUUACUUAUAGCAAAAUCCGGAAAACCGCAUACUAUCGGAGAGAAGUUAAUUUUGCCAGCCGUUGAAGAGGUUUUAAAAACUGUUGUACACAAACCUGCAUCUGAUAUCAUUAAAAGAAUUCCCUUAAGCAACAAUACUGUUGAAAGACGUAUUGACGAAAUGAGUUCUGAUCUUGAAAGCUUCGUAUGUAGUUAUUUGCAAACGACUCAUUUCUCUAUACAACUGGACGAGUCAACUUUACCUGAUAAUGCAGCAUUAUUAUUGGCAUAUGUUCGUUUUAUUAUGAAUCAAGAAAUCUACGAAGAACUGCUCUUCGCAAGAACUUUGAUAACCGACACUAAAGAUUCCAGUGAAAGUAUCCCUACGUUUUUUGGAUCGAUCAAAGCACCAGCGUUAUCCACUAGUUUACAUGGUUCAAUGGUGAAAUCUGCCGAGUCUGUUUCAGCAUUGCCGAAUAGAUCAAACGUUUCCGGAAUAAGCGGUGUAUUUUCUUCCGCCGUAUUGAUCUUAUCCUUAAUGCCAAACGUGUACGUGCGAAAAAAUUUCAAUAAUCGAGGAAGUUGGACAGAGGACAACCUUAAAAAUGCUAUGGCAGCAGUUAACGAUGGUUUAAUGUCCGUUAUAAGAGCUUCUUUAUCAUUUCAAAUUCCUCGCAAGACAUUGUGA